CACAUACAUACACAUACAACAAUUAUGUCUACUACGUCCUCACUACACUCCAUCUUCUCCGAUGACGAGCUUCCGGCCUACGAGGAAAUCUCCCUCCCUCCCAAUGUCACAAUCGAAGAGCGAGAAAUUUCUUCUGACGAUGAAGACGACGAUGACUACGAACAAACCGACUCCACAAACAGUGUCAAGCAAAGUACAAAAACAUUUGCCAGCAUAAAAUCAUUCCUGUCGGGCUCAAAUGCUCCUUCGGCCGAGUUUCAGAAAUCAACCAUCACCUUCGACCAAGCAGCCGCACCGACUCGACCAAAAGCAGACCGCAAGCCGUCGUUCAAACGUGAGCACAAAUUCGGAUACUACUAAACAUGUCGAACCAAGACUAACAAUUAGUAAUAGUUGCUCCUAUUCAAACAUCAACAUUACAAUCACGAAGAAGCGCCAUGCGUUCGACGUUGCAAAUGAACACCGCUGUUUGAAAGCUCGCCUCAGGCUGAGCAAUUUCUCUUUCUCACGAUUAUUACGAAACAUACGAAAUCUGGUUUUCGCAUACGCAGGACAGGAUUCCGCUGGAGUAUUUCUUUUUUCUUGGAGCGAUCGUUUUUUCUCGAAUACCCAAGCUUGUCAGGAACUAGCAAUGCUUUCUCGUUUGUCGCGACUUUUGUUUUUGGGGGCCCUCGGAAAGGGAUGGUCGGUGUGGUAGACGGAAGCACGAGUGGACGAGGAAGGGUUCCGAGCGUUUUUGUAUAGCUAGCUAGCCAGCUUAGGCUCACAUGAGUGUUAAUAUGUAUACC